UGGACGGUGGCGUGUGGGGGCAGUAGGCUGUGUGUCGGUUAAACAGGCUAACUAAUGGUGCCUGUUGUUAGCUAAAAUCUAAGGUUAGCUUCAGGCAAACGGUUAACUUAAUGCUAUCGUUUAAUUAGCUAAUUUCAGGUAGCUAAUUCAGGAAUAAAUAACGGUAAAUGCAGAGAAACGGCAUUAACGUGAGCUAGAUUGUGGCUAAUUUAACGUGGAUUGUUUUACUUGAUUCGUGUUGGUAAAACACAACUGUGACGCUAGUUAGCUUCAGAUAAGAAGUCCAAACUUGCCAAGCGUGUAAUGUUCUGCACACAAACCUGCCCCCUUUGUUAGUCGGAAAGCAUGAGAGAGAGGAGAGACGAAAGUAUGGUGAAAGACCCCUCUGGGUAUGAUGGAAGGACUGGGAAAGGAGAGCUCCAUAUGUAGCUCUAGACCCUUGCCAUGGCUCAGUCACCCCAAAACAGAGGCCUCAACCCUGCUAUGGAAACUCAAAGACUGCUUUUCCACCAAUGAGACAACCUCAAUUCACCACACAGAUAAAGAAAACAAUUACAUGGACAGCAGAAAGGCUGUGCUGGAACUGAAAGAUGUCCCCCCUCCUCCUCCGCACCAUACGUCCUCUUCCCAAUCAUCCCAGCCCUUCUCUCUGGCCCCUCUCCCUUUGUCUUCUCCCUGCUUGCCUCCUCCUCAGCUUACACAAGACUCCCAACAACAGCCACCACAGCAGCAGCAACAAGAGGGGGCUAGCCCCAAAGUAAGCAUUUGCACUCACUGUGAAUAUUGCAGCACAGACGGCUAUGGGUUAUUACGUGGUGGAGGUGUUGUUGGUAGCAGUAGCAGCAUUGCUGGUGUUGUCUCGCUCUAUAUGGCCCCAGCCUCUCUGGGAGCACCCAUCAGCAGCAGCAGUAUUUGCAUGCCUGGCCCUUGCUCUGUAGCUUCAUCUGUUCAUCAGUAUAAACAUAAGCUGUGCUACGGAAGUGGAGGUGAAGCUCUUGAUCCUUCACGCAGUCUUGGUUACAAACCUCAGCUGCUCUCUUCUGUCGCUACCUCUCAACCUAUUUCAUCACACCCCUACACCUCCUGCUGCUCAGGGCUUCUCCCCACCUAUCAAUCUGUACCUCUUCCAUGCAGUCAACCAAGCCUGUUUCCCUCCUCAACAUCUCUGGCUUCCCCUCUCCCUUGUGUUUCCACUCUACCUGCUCACUUGCAUGGCUCUUGCCUGGCCUCUUCUGGCUACUACACCUGUGGUGUGGACUGCUGCCCAUCAGCCAGAAGAUCCCAGAGAAGCACACUCGGUGAUCACCCAACCACCACCACCAUCACCACUACAACCACCUCAGCACACUUCUGCUCUAAUCCUAUGCACCUAAAUGUAGAACGCACGGUUUGUGUGAAGGGGGCACACUACUGCCAGGAGUGCCUGUUGAAGCCUAUGAAGGGUCUGGCAUUAGAGUCGGACAAGGUGUGGCCCAAUGUUCCUGUUCCCCAGACUGCUCCUAUCGCUAUCCCCAUUUGUAAUGGCUGUGGCACCUCAUCUGAUAGCAUGAUGCUCAUGUCAUCAACCAGCCUUGGCAAGACUGGACAGAAGUAUGGCUCUCCAGAGAACAGUGGUCCUGAGAAUAUACCUCCGGUGGGUGUCUUCUGGGACAUUGAGAACUGCAGCGUUCCCAGUGGACGCUCUGCUGGAGCUGUGGUCCAGCGUAUUCGCAGCCGUUUCUUCCAGGGCCACCGCGAAGCAGAAUUCAUUUGUGUCUGUGAUAUCAGCAAAGAGAGUAAAGCUGUCAUCCAAGAGCUCAAUAACUGCCAGGUUACCGUUGCACAUAUCAACGCCACAGCGAAGAAUGCUGCAGAUGACAAACUUCGCCAGAGCCUACGACGUUUUGCUGAGACCCACACUGCACCUGCAACUGUUGUACUAGUAUCCUCGGAUGUGAACUUUGCAAGUGAGCUGAGUGACCUACGUCAUCGCCAUGGUUUCCAGGUAAUCCUAGUCCAUGGCAGCCAUACAUCUUCAGCCCUACUGCAGCACGCCCACUGCCACGUGGCCUUUCAGGAGAUCACAGCGGAUCUGCCACCACGUAUGCUUGUCAAAGCACAGCCGAGUUUCAACCUCCUCUAUGUGCACAACCUCCCUGUCAACUGUGAUAAGAGCCUGCGGAACGCUGUGAAGCUCAGGCUCCGGCGCCUGUCAGACAACUGUGGUGGCAAGGUGCUGGGCGUGUCCCAGGGCACAGCGGUCCUCCGUUUUGGCAGCCCUGAGGCAGCUACACGUGCCCGCAAGCGAAUGGAAAAUGAGGAUGUGUUUGGCCACCGAAUCAGCCUCUCCUUCUCCCCGUCGCCCAGAGACGAUGCAAGUCGUGAGCCUGAGCUUCAGUCUCUGCCUCAUCACUUGCCUCAGACUCUGCCCCAGACCUAUCAAAACCAGGAGUCAGUGUUCGUCCCUCCCCCAUCCAUAUCCUCCUUCUCCUUUCUGCCCCUGGAGAAGCCCAGGUCACCCAGGAGGCCACGGCGAGCAACCCGCCCGUGCCACACCUCCGGCUCAGUGCCUGAAAGGCCCUACAGCCCCAGGAGGGGGUGCAGUGGGCCUCCCGGUGGUGCUCCAGCUAAUCCCCAUCAGGAGCUGGCUAGUUUGGAGGGUAAGCCCAGAAUGGGCUUCCACCACUUGGAGAAGGGGCGUGCGGUUUCCUCUUCCCCGUCCCCCCACAGUAAUGGUGAGACAGGAGCCCUGGAGCAGCUGUCCAAGCCUGGUCUCACUGGAGAAUCCAUGUACAGGAGGAGAAGAGAGGGCUCCAAUCCUCGGAGUGUGACUGAAUCCCCUGUGGAACAAGGAAACGGGAGCUCAGGGGAGUUCCAGAUUAGCACACCCUCAGCUUUCAGCAAGUUGAACCUGCACAGGAGCUUCAGUCCUCUUGUCCUGUCCCAGGGCUCCUGGUCAUCAAGGAGUGCAUCCCCCUGUCUGUCAAGCCGGUCCUCGCCCCUCCUGGCUGCCCCUCAUCCUGAAGGUUCUCCUGAGCCUUUUUCAGACGGUGCAGAGGUCCAGGUGGCCAACCUGGACUACAGAAUGUCCCGCAAGGACCUACAGCAGACACUACAUGACACCUUCUCACGAUACGGGCAGGUGAAAGCUGUGGAGCUUAGCCCCCACACUGACUAUCAGCUGAAGGCGACAAUCCAGAUGUUGUCCUUGCAGCAGGCCAUAAGUGCCGUUAGUGGCCUGCACCGUUAUAAGAUCGGAGGCAAGCGCAUUCAGGUGUCUUUGAUCACUGGAGGCAGCAACAAAUCGCUUGCCAUGCUCAGCACAGAGAUCAUCAGCAUUCUUCAGGAUGCACCUGCCAAUUGCCUCCCCCUCUUCAAGUUCACUGAAAUCUAUGAGAAAAAAUAUUCACGUAAGAUUGUGGUUGGGGAUCUGUACAAGUUACCAGAGGUGGUGGCAGUGCGGGAACAGGGAGGCUCAAGGCUUGUGUGCCUUCUGCCCAGCAGCCAAAUCCGUCAGAGUCCACUGGGAUCUUCCCAGUCCCAGGAGGGCUCAUGCUCUGCCAGCGGCAGCCCCGUGAUCUUUGAGGAGCUGGAGUACCAUGAACCUGUCUGCAGACAACACUACACACAUCAGGACUUCAGUGAGGCUGACUUUGACCCAGACUCCUAUAAAAUACCUUUUGUUGUGAUGUCGCUGAGCACCUUAGCCUCUGAGGUCCACAGUCUGUUGCAGUCACAUGAGGGAACUCUUCCAUUACUAAGUUUCCCAGACUGCUAUGCAGCGAAGUUCAGCUCUCUGCAGCUGGGCAAUGAGGCACUGGAGGGUGGUGUUCCUCUGGAGCACCUCAUUACCUGUGUUCCCAGUAUCACUAUAGUUACAGCUCAGAAUGGUUUCAAAGUCAUCAAGUGGAUCCACAACAAACCACCAGCAGCAAACUCGGAGCCGUGGAUUCAGCGCUGCAAGAGUCCGGUUGGCAAUCCACAGCUCAUUCAGUUCAGCCGUGAGAUUAUCGACCUGUUGAAGAGUCAACCUUCUUGCAUCAUGCCCAUGAGCAAGUUCAUACCCUCAUACCACCAUCACUUUGCCAAGCAGUGCCGCGUCUCUGACUAUGGCUACUCCAAGCUGCUGGAGCUUCUGGAGGCCGUGCCACAUGUCCUGCAGAUCUUGGGUAUGGGUACCAAACGUUUACUGACCCUGACCCAUCGUGCUCAAGUGAAGCGCUUCACCCAAGACUUGCUCAAACUGCUCAAAUUUCAAGCCAGUAAACAAGUGGCAAUUAAGGACUUCAUGCAGGCAUACCAUUGGUGCUUCUCCAGAGACUGGAGGGUGAUCGACUAUGGCAUAUGUGACCUGAUGGACCUGCUGACCGAGAUUCCUGACACCACCAUCACUAUUACACAUCAGGACACGGACACAGUCAUCUCUGUUCCCAAGAGAGAGCGUACAGUGGAGGAAAUGGAGCGCACUAAGCAGUUUGGGAAGGAGGUGGUGGACCUUCUUCGUCACCAGCCUCACUGUCGAAUGCCCUUCAGUAAGUUCAUCCCCACCUACCACCAUCACUUCGGUCGUCAGUGCAAGCUCAGCUACUACGGCUUCACUAAGCUCGUGGAGCUCUUCGAGGCAAUCCCCGACAUACUGAUGGUGUUGGAGUGUGGUGAGGAGAAAGUGCUGACUCUGACAGAAGUGGAGCGUAUCAAAGCUCUGGCGGCUCAGCUGGUCAAGCUGCUUCGGGCGCAGAAAAACUCCAGUCUUCCUGUCAGCCAGCUGCUCACAGAGUACAGCAAGACCUUUGGUUAUGGUCUACGUCUGCAGGACUACGAUGCCAGCUCCCUGCCAGCUCUGCUGACCAAACUCUGCCAUGUUGUCAAGGUGGUGGAUGGCUCAGAGGGUCGGGAAGUGCAGUUGAUCAACCGGAAGUCUUUGCGUUCACUGACCUCCCAGCUACUGAGUCUGCUCAUGUCUCAAGAGGAGGAGCAUCUUACCAAGGGUCUCAAAGUGGAGCUGCUGAGUCAGCAUUACCUGAAUGCCCAUGGAGUCCUGCUCAAUCCAUGUGAAUAUGGGUUCCUCUCCCUCAGCGAGUUACUCAAGAGCCUACCCUACCUUGUGGAGUUGUACCACGAAGAAAGUGAUGAUGACAGCAAAGCUGGCAACAGUGCCAAUGGUCGCGCUGAGGAGUGGGUGAGGCUGACCAGGCUUUACCAGUUUGCCCGCAACGUACGGGCCCUGCUCCACACCUACCAUUACAACCAGAUCUUCCUGACUGAGUUCCAGGGGGCUUAUAACAAAUUUACAGGCUACAGCCUUGAGCCACGUUCCUAUGGAUACAUCAGCACUGAUGAGCUGCUCAGCGCCAUUCCACAGGUGGUCUGGAUCAAAGGGCAUGGUCACAAGAGGAUUAUCGUUUUAAAGAACGAUAUGAAAGCAAGGGUAAGCUCUUCAGUCCCCAACAGCCCCCUGCCAGAAGAGAACAUGGAGAGCCCGAGAGACAGCCCGAUUAGCAACACAACGUCUGAAGCCCAGAGCCCAGGUGUGCCCGACCUAGCGGCAGAGUCAGAGCUGCUGUGUCUGACAUCACCAGUAGACCUACUCUGUGGCCCGGUACCAUCCUGCCUACCGUCACCUCAGCUCCACCCCGACCCCGUUCUCCUCCAGGAGACGGACCUUAUCCACUUUGAGGAGAGAACUCCACCACAACCAACGGUGAGUAAUGAACCUGAGGUGGUGGCAGCUGUGGCUGACAGCACAUCUGAUCCACCUGAGCACCCUGGCAGCACCGAAGCCUCUGCAGUCUCCAGACUUUCACCGCCCCCUGACAUGAAGACUCCCUUGUCUGUGGACAGUCCGAGCAGAAGAGCCACGCGCAGCAGAAUUAAGCUAGCAGCCAACUUCUCAUUCCCAGCAGACCUCUGACCCUUUUAACACAUGCACACAAAGCAAUACUAGUUCACCCAGAGUGUAACUCUAAAUGUAAGAGUUGACUGGUUACGCUGAACACACUGCGCAGAAGUGACCCCAGAAGAGCAUUGGUAUUGUCCCCUCUACAUCCCAACAGGCUGUUGCAUUCUUCUGCUUUCUUCUUAAUCACUCAUCAGCCAUCUUUGUUCGCUGAUUUCACAUCAGUGUGUUCUCCCGAUGAUGUUCACCAAGCUGUGAUUUUCUUCUUGCAGGUUUUCUGCAAUUCUUUAAUUUGCCAAAUACAUCUACUGUAACCUGUAUUUGAUUUCAUCUCCAGGGAAGUUAAAUUGUAUUUCCAUGAAUGUGCAUCUUCAGUUUAGAGCCACGUUGUGUCGAAGAACACUCUCUGGCUUGCAAUGACUGCAGAGUCUAAAAAUGAGGUAGUUGUCACUGUAUACUGAGUAUUGGGGGAUAUUGGGAGAAAUGCUGGGGGUGAAUAACCAUGUUUUCUGUAUAAAAUCAAAGAUUUAGUUACCCACAUUCUCAGUUAAAAUUUUUUUUAAAAUAACAGAAGGUUUCUAGAGAUGUUUUGUUCAUGUACCAUAUUGAGAAACCUUCAUGUAUACUUCCUUGCUGUAUCCCCAAAAACAGAGCAUUUCAUUUGUGACAUUCAUUCAUUUUUUAACUCAUUUCAAAGUUGUUGUUUUUUUGUUUGUUUUUUUUACAGAUUUUGCUUUAUAGGUAAUGGUAGACAUGUCAACCGAACUGGCUAAGUACCUGCCCAUUUCAUUCUUUCAGUCUUAUCUUGGGUGUAAAGUACUAAAGAUUUCUUAAGUGGUAGCUUCUCUUUGAAGUAUAGUCUGGACUUUGUGUCACUGUUGUGAAGUAGCCUAUGGACAGUAUUUUCAGUUCCUAUUAUAUUAUGCAGAGUAUUAGUCUGUGGAGGAUUUUGGCCUAUGUGGUGUAUUUGGUAGCAAUUCAGUGAUGGGAUAGAUGAGAGAAACAUUGGUGCUAACUGUUCAGAUAGCAGCUUUUGUUACUGGAAGCGAACAGUGUUCGAACAGUUCAGGCAUGGAUGGAAAGGUUUUGAUUGAUAUUGCGACAAGCACUGCUCUCAGGAAUUUUUAUUCUUGUAGUACUUAAUUUAUAGCAAAGAUUUUGGCUCGUCUCCAGGGCAACUGAUGAAGGCCAGAAUGGGAAAAGGAUGGCUCUUUAGUACUCGCCCAAGUGUGUGCUCAGGCAGCAGGAACUGAGAUGUACUUUGAUUGUUCAGCUUCAGCCAGCAGCUGGUGUGUUUGUGUUCUUUUAGCUAUAUUUUGUCUGUGCGUGGGUUACACUGGAGCAGGUGGUGUGAAAUAUGCAUGGUGUGCAUAAAUGAGUUUAUGCAUGGUGUAAGCCCAGGAGGAGCAGACAGGAAGAGAUGAUGGUAAGACAUUCUUUAAGAUCGGUCUUUUAUUUCCAUCAACUUUUAGGGAUCUUCGCGUUGGCGUCGCUCUUGCAGUCGCCACAUAAAUGCUCAAGGUUUUUGAGUUAACCUUGUUGCUGGUAAGCACUGUAUCUGUGGUGAUGUCCACACUGCCUGAGUUGAAGUGUUCGAGGGGAGCAGUGAGCACUCCUGAGAUUUUGAUUUUUAAUGACAAGGUGAAUGGCUGUGAGUUUUUAGGGGAAAAGAGGUGAGACUGGAGGUGGUAGGCUGUUUGUGGAGCACCAUGGGGGCUUGGAAAGCCUCCUUAACAAACUGAAGUACAGACAGAGGACCCUCUGCGGCUCUCUGGAAUCUACCGGGCUUUUACAAUGGCUUGUAUUUGCCACGGUGCCAAAGGAAUCACCAUCGUUACCUCCCCUUCCCUCACAUCUCAGAGUUUUUACUUAACUGAUGUGUGUUGGUUUCUGUUGUCUUCUGUGAAGUGUUUACAAGACUGCUGGCUGCAGAAUUGCCACCAAAUGUCAGCUGCCUGUGAAGUUUAAGUCAAAGUUUUGUGUUCAGAGAAAAGGUUCAAAGCAAUGGGUAAAAGCCCAUUUAAUCAGUUUGAGUGUUUACCUCUUUAGCCAUUGUUAGCAGUAUGUUUUCUUUGUCAGACUUAAUUUUGACUUCGUAUGAAAAGCCUUUUUAAAGCUGAGAGAUUCUACCUGCCAACGUAGCAAAAUGUCUAAGAUGCCGAUCAAAAAGUUUUUAAUUAGAGCCGUUAGGGUUCAGGACUCUCCUCUCCUGCAAUGUUUUACUAUCUGGAAACCUCUCUGAUUAUGGAACAAGCAGUUCAGAGUAGUUAAUAAUUUAAAAUUGGUAAUGUUAGAAAAGGGGCUUUAAAUGCUCACUAGAAAUGUCUAGAUUUAACUUUGGCAGUAAGAAUGUUACUUUUUUUGAAUUUGAGCAAACCCUCGCACUCCCACAGUACUGCAGUGGCAACUAGCUUAGCUGCUAUGUAUUAAUACAUUUAUCUUCCCUAUUUAGCUUUCUCUUUCUUUUGGUUACAUCAGUGAGAAGCUAUUGCACCUGUCAAAAUAUGCACGUUUGCAUAGUUUUGGUUCAUGAAAUACAUAAUGUGAAAUUAGUUAGUGGCCAGAGGGGUUGUAACAUGUUUUGUCUUUUCUUCUGUUUAACUGUAUAUGACCCUGUCUUGCUUUUCCUUCAUUCAGCAGUACCCUUAAAACUCCUGCCUUGUGAUUAUUUUUUUUGUUUACCUGGUCAACACGUCUCACUUAUGUGUCCUCUACAUUCUCCUCCCCCCUCUGUCAAACUGUUUUACUGCCUCACUGCACCAGAAGUUACUGUAACAGUCUAAUGAAGGGACCAAAAGGAUUUCCGUAAAUAAAUUUCACAAGCAUCA